CAUCAGUAUUGUUUGUUGGCUGCGACUUGCGAGAGUUGUGGAGCGAGGCGAGGUCAUCGAUCGUCUUCUUCCCUUCUUCUAGGGUUUCGCGCGGCUGCGGCGAUGGCGUUGGCGGCGAGGGCUCCGGCCAGGGCGGCGGCGAGGUUCGCGCAGCGCAGGCUCUUUUCCUCCGGCGGCAAGGUCCUCGGCGAGGAGGAGAAGGCCGCCGAGAACGUCUACAUCAAGAAAAUGGAACAUGAGAAGCUGGAGAAGCUGGCACGCAAGGGCCCCAAUCCAGGAGAGCCAGCUUCGUCAGCCCCAGGUGUUGCAGCUAAUCAUGUGAAGACCGGAGGCGGCCCAACGGAGUCAACAUCUGCUGGUGUGUCGACUGACAAGCAUAGGAACUAUGCUGUGCUGGCAGGCACUGUUGCUGCUCUCAGUGGCCUGGGAUGGUAUUUCUUGUCAAAGCCUAAGAAGUCAGAAGAGAUAGUGGACUGAAGGUUGUUGAUGAGAUCCUAGAUGGCCUGUCAAUGAGUUUUACCCUUGUUUACUCGUUGUGAAAUAAAUGCUGAACACACUGCACUAAUUUUACUAUAGCAUCACCAAACCUUUUCAAGUAUGCACCUGAGAUGUUCUCAGUUCUUGCCCUGUUGUGGCAGUUGGUAUGUUCUCUGAUGCUACAUUCUGUUCAGUGAAGAGGAAUUUGGAUACAGGAUACAUUGAAGCCCAUUGUUGUUAGCUCCUUUCAAACAAGUUUGGUUUUGAGCUUUCA